AAGCUCCACACAAGGGGGCGGGGCCUGAUGAGGGCUGUGACGUCACGUGCCCCGCCUCUCACGGAAGCUGCGUCAAAAAUCGUCGCGUAGGAAAGCAUGUGGAUGGACCUCCAAGGCUAUAAGGAGAAGGUGGUAAGUGUGUGUCCAGGUGUGAUGGAGAUCAGCAGGGCCGGGCCUAACGCGCAGGAACACACAGCUCGAGCUCAGCUUUAAAGCAUCUUCAACUGCGCGAGAGGAAAAAAAAAAAAAAAAAAAGAGGAAAAAAGAUGCAACAAUAAAACUUUAAGACGGGAGAGAGAAAAAAGUAGAGGGAAAGAAAGUCGCGCGCCCAUGGAAGAGCGGAAGAUGGGAAGAUGAAGAUGAAGGACACGGGGAGGAAUGGCAAAGCUGGGAGAAGGCAAGGCAUGAUUACUUAGAGAAAGAGAGAGAGAGCGAGAGAGAAAGAAAGAAAGAGAGAGAGAGAGAAAGAGAGAAAAAGUUUGGGAAAAGCCAUGGCGCGCGAGAAUGAAGAACCCGGAGCGGGUGUGAAAAAGCGCAAAAAGCGGAAAAGUAAAAAAGAAAGCAAGACCCGGACGGUGCACGCGAACGUCCUGUACGACCACCACGCCAAGGCGGCGGAGAACCCGAACCGGCUGUACGCCAACAACAAGAUCAAGACCACCAAGUACACCGUGCUCUCCUUCAUCCCCAAGAACCUCUUCGAGCAGUUCCACCGCUUCGCCAACGUCUACUUCGUCUUCAUCGCGCUGCUCAACUUCGUGCCGGUGGUGAACGCGUUCCAGCCCGUGCUCGCGCUCGCGCCCGUGCUCUUCAUCUUAUCCGUCACCGCCAUCAAGGACCUGUGGGAGGACUACCGCCGACACCGAUCCGACCAGGAGAUCAACCACAUGGACUGCCUGGUUUACUGCAGAACCGAGCGGCGUUAUGUGGAACAGUACUGGAAGGAGGUCCGUGUGGGAGAUUUCAUCCGGCUGCGCUGUAACGAGAUCGUUCCGGCCGACGUGCUGCUGCUGAGCUCCAGCGAUCCGGACCGGCUGUGUCACAUCGAGACGGCCACGCUGGACGGAGAGACCAACCUGAAGCAGAGACAGGUGGUGCGCAGCUUCAUCGACCUGGACACGGAGUUCGACCCCAUGAAGUACAACAGCGUUAUUGAGUGUGAGAAGCCAAACAACGACCUGAACCGUUUCCGUGGCUACAUAAUCCAUCGUAAUGGAAGGAGAGAUGGUCUCUACAAAGACAAUCUGCUGCUCAGAGGCUGCACCAUUCGCAAUACAGAGGAAGCUGUGGGCAUCGUCAUCUACGCAGGUCAUGAAACCAAAGCCAUGUUGAACAACAACGGGCCGCGGUACAAACGCAGCAAACUGGAGCGACAGAUGAACGUAGACGUCUUCUGGUGUGUCAUCAUCCUGCUGGUCAUGUGUCUGUUCUCCGCCAUCGGUCACGGCUUGUGGAUGUUUCAGUACGGUGAUAAGAGGCCCGUCUUUGACGUCCUGAGUCCUGAGGGAACGGAUUUGUCUCCCGUGGUCUCGGCCGUUUAUCUCUUCCUCACCCUGAUCAUAGUGUUCCAGGUGCUGAUCCCCAUCUCGCUCUUCGUCUCCAUCGAGAUCGUGAAGAUCUGUCAGGUUUACUUCAUCCACCAGGACAUGGAACUGUACGACGAGGAGACGGACUCCCACCUGCAGUGCCGAGCUCUGAACAUCACCGAGGACCUCGGCCAGAUGCAGUACAUCUUCUCUGAUAAGACGGGAACGCUCACCGAGAACAAGAUGGUGUUCCGCCGCUGCACCGUGGCCGGAGUCGAGUACUCGCACGACGCUAACGCGCGGAGGCUGGCGAUGAUGUACCAGGACGUGGACUCUGAGGAGGAGGAGUGUGUGUCUCAUGGAGGAACUUUACCGAGGAGAGAGAGUGUGUGUAGUCAGCACAGCGGCCGAGUCGUCCUGCGCUCACAGAGCACCAAAUCACACCGACGCACCGGGAGCCGAGCCGAGGCCAAGCGGGCCAGCAUCCUGUCCAAACACACCGCCUUCAGCAGUCCUAUGGAGAAAGACAUCACUCCGGACCCUCAGCUGAUGGAUAAGGUGAACGAGUGCGGCAGUCAGAUGGAGUUCAUGCGCUUCCACAGCCAGCUCCUGAGCCAGAUCCCUCCUGACCUGUGUGACGUCUUCGACUUCUUCAUCGCUCUCACCAUCUGCAACACGGUGGUCGUGUCGUCACCCAAUCAGCCUCGGCAGAAGGUGCGGCGUUUUGAGCUGAAAUCCCCGGUGAAGACCAUUGAGGACUUUAUCAAGCGCUUCACGCCGAGUCGCCUGACGUCAGGCUCCAACAACAGCAGCUCGUCCAGCCUGGCCACCAACCGCUCGUCGUCUCAGCGCGCCGCCUCCAGCAUGCUGUCCUCUCCGUCGGCCGAGAGCGCGCUCGCCAAACUGGACGAGGAGCGUCUGCAGAAGGCCUUCAGCCCCGUCCCGCCCGGACACGACCCGGCCAAGGCUUCCGCACGGGACGAAGGCGAGCUGCGUUACGAAGCCGAGUCUCCGGACGAAGCGGCUCUGGUGUACGCCGCCCGCGCCUACAACUGCGCUCUGGUGGGCCGACUGGCGGAUCAGGUGACCGUGGAGCUGCCGCAUGUAGGAAAGCUGAGCUUCGAGCUGCUGCACACGCUGGGAUUCGACUCCACACGUAAACGCAUGUCUGUGGUGGUGCGACAUCCACUCACCGAGCAGAUCACCGUGUACACCAAAGGAGCCGACUCGGUCAUCAUGGACCUCAUCAGACCACCUGCGACAGACGACUCCAAAGGCAAACGGCAACGCAAAAUUCUGUACAAAACGCAGAACUACUUGAACCUCUACGCCGCCGACGGCCUCCGAACUCUGUGCAUCGCCAAAAAGGUCCUCAGUAAAGAAGAAUAUGCCUGCUGGCUGCGGCGCCACCUAGAGGCUGAAACGUCCAUCCAGGGACGAGAGGAGCUGCUGUUUGAAUCCGCACUACGACUGGAGACCGAUCUUCACCUGUUAGGAGCGACGGGGAUCGAGGACCGGCUGCAGGACGGCGUACCCGAGACCAUCGCUGCUCUGAGGACGGCGGGGCUGCAGAUCUGGGUGCUGACGGGGGACAAACAGGAGACGGCCAUCAACAUCGCCUACGCCUGCAAACUGCUCGACCCCGAGGAGGAAAUCAUCACGCUCAAUGCCGACUCGCAGGAGGCCUGUGCUGUUCUACUCGAUGAAAGCUUGCACUACAUCCAGACUAAGUUCCUGUGCAGUUCCUCGGCGGACCCCCACGCGACCCGGCUUGUCCAGCAGGACUACACCAGCGUGCACUUCCUGUCUCCAGGCUUUGGCUCCGCCCCCUCAGGCCCGUUCCUGGUGCACCGGCUGGGUUUGGUGAUUGACGGCCGCACUCUGGCCUACGCUCUGGAUAAGAGUCUGGAGGAUAAGUUCCUGGCCGUGGCUCGGAGCUGCAGGUCGGUGCUGUGCUGUCGCUCCACGCCGCUGCAGAAGAGCAUGGUGGUCAAACUGGUGCGCAACAAGCUCAAGGUCAUGACCUUGGCCAUAGGUGAUGGGGCUAAUGAUGUCAGUAUGAUCCAGGUGGCAGAUGUUGGUGUGGGCAUCUCGGGGCAGGAGGGCAUGCAGGCGGUGAUGGCCAGCGAUUUCGCUCUUCCUCGCUUUCAGUAUCUGCAGAAGCUCCUCCUGGUUCACGGACACUGGUGCUACUCUCGGCUGGCCAACAUGAUCCUCUACUUCUUCUACAAAAACGCUAUGUUUGUGGCUCUCAUCUUCUGGUAUCAGUUCUACUGCGGGUUCUCCGGCUCGGCCAUGAUCGAUCAGUGGUAUCUGAUCUUCUUCAACCUGAUGUUCUCGGCGUUCCCGCAGCUCAUCACCGGCACGCUGGACAAAGACGUGUCCGCGGAGACCCUGCAGGAACUACCUCAGCUCUAUAUGAACGGACAGAACUCAGAGGAAUAUAAGCCGUACAUGUUCUGGAUGAAUAUGAUCGAUGCCUUCUACCAAAGUCUUGUCUGUUUUUUCAUCCCCUACUUUGCGUACGCUGACUCGGAUGUGGAUCUGUUCACCUGGGGCACGCCCAUCACCACGCUCGCCCUCCUCACCAUCCUGCUGCAGCUCGGCAUUGAAACCAAAACCUGGACGUGGAUGAACUGGGUGUCUAUAGCGUUCAGCGUGGCGCUGUUCUUCACCGUGGCCCUGUGCUACAACGCCUCCUGCCCCACCUGUUACUCCCCCUCCAACCCCUACUGGACCAUGCAGAGACUUCUGGGAGAUCCUCUCUUCUAUCUGCUGUGUGUCGUCACGCCCAUCACUGCUCUUCUGCCCAGAUAUUUCUACCGAGCGUGUCAGGGUUCUGUGUUCCCCAGCCCGGUGCAGGUGGGCCGUCAGCUGGACAGACUGCCGCUGGAGCUGCGCAGACGCCUGCUGCACCAGAACCAGGCCAAGCUCUUCCCUUUCUGCAGACCUUUCCUCAAACCCUGCAGCUCCACGCUCACACACCCGCACCCCGCCCACGCCAAGCACAAGCCCAGAGCCGCCGAGCCCGGCAUGCCCAAGAGCAUGGAGAUGAAGGACACGUCUCGGAGUUCCAGGAACUCGGAGAACCAUGUGGCGCAGAACUCGGAGAACUCUCCACACAAACCUACCGAGAGCAGCACACUACCGUACACCAAAGAUCAGCCUCACCCUGAACGCGGCGCGCUCACCUCCACGCCGCUGCUGCCUCACACAGACAGCGUGCAGCUCGUAUCGCCCCCUAGCGGCGGUCCUCCGGGCGUCACGUAUAAAAAGAGGUCUGACAUCUCAGAGAACCUAACACCCGGGCGUCUGCUAGAACACUCAGAACCGCCCUCGGGUUCGUGAUACCGAUGAUUCCGGUCCAAAUUUGCACGUUUCGAAAUUUAAGAAAUUUUUUUUAAUUCUAUUUUUCAGAAUUAUUUUAUGAAGCUAUAGAUGGGUACUAUUAUAUACGUUAUAUAUUUUAGAUGUGUACAGUUUUUCGGAAUAAAGAUUAUUUUUUUUUGAGAGUAGAGAUGAAUACAAAUGCAAACUGGAUGGUCUUAACCGUAUGUUCUUACCAGGAAAAAAAAAAUUCCCAGCUCAUUUCCUCCAGAGAUAUUACUUUCCUUUAUCUUAGCUGUUAUUUAUUUGGACGUAGAGCUUUAACACACGCACACACACACACACACACACACACACGCACACACACACACACACACACUUGCCAGCACAGCAUUAACACUUUCACGUAAGGUUUUUCUGGAAAUAGUCACUCGGUAGGGAAUCUCACAACACACACACACACACACACACACACACACAGUGUAAUUAAUAAUUUAUGCAUCUCCUUUUUCCUUAGCGCACUACAUACCGAAAUUUACAGGAUUAUUCUGGAGCUCGGACGUGAAAUACGUUUUCUUAAAAUCAUAAAAGAUAAAGAUUUACAUAAAAUCCUAAAAUCAAAGCUAUUGCAAAUAUUUUGCCAUCUUUUUUUAUAGACACAAACCUUUUGUUUUUGGAUCAUAUUCAUACCAAAGAUGCAUCUCAUGAAUAUUCAUGCUGCUUAUUUUUUUUUUAUAUAUAUAUAUAUAUAUAUAUAUAUAUAUAUAUAUAUAUAUAUAUAUAAAAAACAGCCCCUGGUUUUAUAGACGGUUCUUUUUUGGGGAAUGGAUUAAGCUGAUCCUGAUAUUUCAAACUGUUUAUUUGCAACGCAAUACCUUUUCAUUGAUAAACUAUCAAUAACACGACCAGAGAGAUGUUAUUAUAUGCAAUAUGCAAACUUAUUCAUUUAAGCCAUGUCGUAAUAGUGUUGUUCAUUAUUGUUUUUAAGGUGUUAAGUCGUCGCACUUCGAGACAUAAAGCACUAAACAUGAUCCGUAAACACAUUCCAGCUCGCUCGCUGUUUACUGUUUUAUCAUGCUGGAUUUAUUUAAUAAACCGUAACACAUUUUCCUGAUUUAAAACCUGGGCCUAAGUUUGUACAGCCAGAAAUAAAUCUAAAAUCUAAAAUUAGGUGCUAAAUUGUUGUGAUGACAUCUCCUAUGAGUCCUGUGUUCAUAAUGCAUUAUAAACGUGUCAUAUAGCAUCCAUAAUACCUUAUAGUGCCUGACAUGAGGCAGCAUAAAUGCUCGUAAAUAGUUAUGGUGACAUGCAUUGUUCAGUGCGUCAUAUAGCAUUCAUAAUACCGCAUAAUAUCUGGGAAAAUCUGCUAUAAAGCAUUAUGUAGGAUUAUGUAUCCUAGUAAUAUUUUGUAUAUGUGUUAUAUAGCAUGUAUAAUACCUUAUAAUGCAAAAUCACUAAAUAAAGUUACAUGCGUAAGACUUUAUAAAGCUUGAGCUCUCUUAGUGUGUUAUAAGGUGUUAUGUAUACUGUAUAAUGCAUGGCAAAAUAUUGUACUUGUAAUUUCUAAUAGUUAAAGUUACGUGCAUAACACUUUAUAAGGCAUGACAAUAUGGCUGUAAUGUCAUGAUACAUAACACAUUAUUAUAUCCGGAAACUAUAGCAGAGCUUGUAUUAUAAUGCAUUAUGGCAUGUACUGAUUUUAUAGUGUUAUAUAACCUGACAUUAUGAAGUCAUUUCCAUCAUAACAUACAAGCUAUACUUUAUAAUGCACUAUUUUAGCUAGAAACUAUACCAGAGCUUGUGUUAUAAUGCAUUACGACAGAUAUUAUAAUGUGUUAUGUCACCUGACAUAAGGUAGGAAGUAAUUUCCGAACGCAUUGUGCAUGUAUCCAUAACUAUAACAGGCUUAUGUCAUGCUUCAUAACACAUUAUCUGUGCUUUAUUAACACAUUAUUUUAUCUAAAAACUAUACCAGACAUUGUUAUAAUGCAUUAUAACGUAACAGAUAUUGUGUUAUGUCACCUGACAUUAUGAAGUUGUUUCCUUAAUUAUUAUGCAUGUUUUUAUACCUAUAACAGUCUUAUGUCAAGCAUUGCUAUAAGCAUUAUUAUAUCAGACAUUACGAAGUCACUUCCUAACGUAUUAUGGAUGUAUUUAUAAUUGACAGGUUUAUGUCAGGUGUUAUAUCACCUGUGCUUUAUAAUGCAUCAUCAUAUCUAGAAACAAUACCAGAGCUUGUGUUAUAAUGCAUUACAACAUGAACAGAUAUUGUUUUAUGUCACCUGGCAUUAUGAAGUCAUUUGCUGAAGUAUUAAGUCUCAACAACCAUGACAGGUUUAUCUCAGGCUUCGUAAGAUUGUGUAAGCUAUAUAAUGCAUUAUUUUAUGUAGAAACCAUACCAGAGCUUGUGUUAUAAUGCAUUAUAACAUGAACAGAUAUUCUGUUAUGUCACCUGACAUUAUGAAGUUGUUUCCUAAAGUAUUACACACGUCUACUCUUUAUAAUGCAUUAUUAUACCUUGAAACAAUACCAGCACUUGUGUUAUAAUGCAUUACAAAGGAAGUUUUAUGUAUGUAUUGUGUAUGUAUUUAUAACUAUAACAGGCUUAUGUCAAGUAUUAUAACAUAUCUUCCAUGCUUUACAACACAUUGUUAUAACUGGAGGGUAUACCAGAGCUUGUUAUAAAGCUUUACAACAUAAACAGACAUUAUUACGUGUUAUGUCACCUGACAUUAUGAAGUUGUUUCCCAUGUAUCGAUAACUACAUCAGGCUUAUGUCAGGCUUCAUAACAUGUCAUCUAGAAACAAUACUGGCGCUUGUGUUAUAAUUCAUUACGUCAUGAACAGUUAUUACAAGGCAUUAUGUAACCUAACUGUAUGAAGUCAUUUCCUAAUGGUGAAGUAUUAUGUAUGUAUCGAUAACUAUAACAGGCUUACAGCAGGCAUUAUAACACAUCAUUUAUGCAUUAUAACGCAUUAUGAAUACAGGAUUCAUAGGAAAUGUUAUUAUUGUUCUGUAAAAUUUCUGCUGAUUAUUGUUGUUUGUUCACCCACAUCACGUCGAGGUCUUUUUUGUUUUUGUUUGUGUUUUUUGUUUCUUUGUUUUGAGAUGAUUAGCUGAUUAUCUGAUUUCAGAGCUGUAGAUUUUCAUUAAUACAGGAUUCAGGGGAGUUUACGGUCAAACUCAGUGUUUAUCCACGGGGGAAAAAAAACAAGGUUUCGAUCCUAAAGUUGCCUUCGUUUUAUAUAAAGUUUUAUAGCUAUUAUAUUGGUAGCGCUUUAUUUUACAGUAUCGUAGUCUGGUAUUUAAUAAAUAAAUAUGUAAUAAUUACAAGGAAUGUCUGGAAGUUGAGGUUUGUGCGAAAGUAAGUAGCUAUCACAGCUAUCGUUACAAUAAAUAAAUGAGUUAAUAUGUAGCAACUGCAAGCAAUAUUUUGCGUAAGUUUGAAAUGUAGUGCAUAGUAACUUUGAAAAAAGAUCCACAUUUUUAGCAUAAAUACGCACGUUCUUAGAGACGAUUUCAGAAAAUAUUACAAGCACUUCUUAGUCGUAACUUCAGUGUACAGUUUUUCACAUUACUCACUAUGUACUUAGCAUACGAAACAGGUUUAUGCGUAAAUACUGCAUUAUUACUUAUUAAAUUCUGAGUUACAUUUUAGCAUCAUGUAGCCUUUUAAAAUCCGAUAAUUAAUUUGCUUACGAGAAAUUACUUGUAAUUAUCACAUGUACUUAUUAAACACUGAGUAUUUACAGUACUGUAAAAUAAAGUGCUAAGUUUUCUUUUGUGCCAUUUUUUUUUUCCCACAAUGUUGGUGUUUUGGGGAAACGACCACAAUCUCAGCGUGGGUUUACACUGUGUUUAAACAUCCGAUAAAUAUCUGAAGUUCUCACCAGUACCUUGUUCCAAAGUGUCCAUAAGUGCCUUUGUGUGUCAGCGCACUCAGGAAACCUGAGCAGAAAUGGGUGUUUUAUUUUUUAUUUCUUUCUCAGUUUAACACACUACUUUGUACAUAUCCAAAGCAUUGGGAAAUGGACCAGAUUUGUGUGUGUGUGUGUGUGUGUGUGUGUGUUUGUGUGUGUGUGUGUGCGUGCGCAAUGUAUGUAUAUCCUGAAGAGGCCCAUGAUGUUGCAAAAAUACACUCGGGAGUGGCUUCAUAUUUGACUUUUUUUUGCCAAAUGCCUUUACACUGGAGACGACACUAUUUUUAGAGAACAAUGCCUUACUGCAGAUGUUAUAUACAGUUUAUAAAACUGUUCAACAGUUAGUUUAUCCAAGGUUUAAUAAAGAAAACUUGUUUUAAAAAUAAAUUACUUUUUAAAACGGA